CCCGAAAGUCCGGUUUCGUCAUCUCUUUACCCUUCGCAUCCCAGUCCAUAUACUGUAUACUCAACAACAAAACCGUGGUGGUAGCGCAAGUUUUCUCUCGGUAGCAAAAUGGGAAAGCGCGGCAACGACCUCUCGCAGGUCUCGAAAGAGGAUUACGAGGCUUCGAUGAAAGCAUCCUCGGAUGUCCCAACGGGUCCUUUCGCAAAGGCAUCGGACGACGUCAUGAAGAAGAGAAGAAUUGUCAGAGGGCGAAGGUGAGUAGUGUAAACGGAACAGAAAAAAUGCAGCAAAAGAACCCGGCCCACCUAUCCGCACGCCACUUACUGAUCGAUCUAAUUCUCGAUUCGAUGCCACCAACGCAAUAAAACAGAUCGGCGGUCCGAAAAGGUGCACCUUCGGCGGCUGCCGGAAGCGGUGUCUUCUCGGGAGUCGCGCUGAACGCCUCUCCGGGAGCAACACUGGCACCUUCGUCGGCGGGUGGGAGCAGCAACCCCUUCGGAGGCUUUACGUUCGGAGCGGGCACGUCGAAGACGCUCCCCAUCCCCUCUGCUCCCGCUGAAUCGAAAACCUCGGCCUUUCCGAGCUUUGCCGUUCCGGCUGCGGCUCCCCCAAAGCCAGCCACGACGUUUGCAGCUGCCACGGCUCCAGGAACAAGCAAGACUUCCGAAGCUACCGAGGAGGACAAGAAGCUCAUCGAAUGCGCCCAGGCAUUUCUCAAACACGCUAAGAAACACGGUGCCUAUGAUGCGGUGGGUGCGGAACGCUUCGCCGCUACCUUUCGUGAGCUCUCGAAAUCGGCGUCGUCUUCGACCGCGAGCACAAAGCCACCCACCAAAACGGCGGCGGCGGCAAGCACGAGCACAAGCUGGGACGCAAGCAGGCCUCUGUUCGGAGCGAAACCUCCCGCAUCGUCCCCGGCCGCCCCUCUGUUUGGCGCGGCCGCCCCGGCCCCGGCAACCGGCGGCUUUUCGUUCAAUACCGGAAGCAAGCCGGCUGCGUCUCCCGCCGCUCCGGGAGGCUUUUCCUUCAAUCCAACGAAGACGGGAGCCUCCGCCGCACCGGUUCCGGCCUUUAGUUUUUCCACGACUCCCACCCCGGCCGUCAAGGCGGCGGCCGAGGCAGCCGCAGCGGAGAGUGCUUCCAAGGCGGGCACAGGUGCGGGCGAUGGCGAUGGCGAGAACAAGGACGACCAAACGGACAACGAUGGCGCGCAGGAGGCGGAGGACAAUCCCUGCAAAACUCUCUUCAAGGCCAACACCAAAAUUCUUCGCGUGAAAACCAACAACUACAUCAAGGGCGUUCUGAAACUGGAAGAACACAAGGAGACCAAAAAGACGAGCAUGGUGGUCCGAGACAAAGCCGUGGGUCACGUGCAGCUGAACGUUGCCAUUACAAAGGGGAUGCCCAUCAAGAAAACGAUUGCCCAGGGGAAAAAGAGCCAGGGUCCCACGCCCAUCGUCCUAAUCACCGCUGUCUUUGACGAAACUUCCGGAGAUCCAGAGCUCUUCAAGGUCAUCACGAAAAUGGAGGACCACGAAAAGCUGUACGACGAAUUAUCCAAGCUUGUGUAAGAAUGAGGAACACGACAAAACGAAACCAAAUCAGAAAAGCAUUGCGUGCGUAUCAAUCAGCUAGGUCCGAUUUCCGAUUUCUGCAUUCCAAUGACAAUCGCAGUGAAACAUGAAAGCAUUUCUUGCAUUCGGUGACUCACCGGCUAAGCUUUCGGGUGAUGCAAGCUCUGUCAUUGUACAUAUCCAUCUGUCGGACAUACUGUGUGGGCACAACGAUGGAGCAGAGGGCUACCACUGUAAAAGGUCGAAACGGAUUGAUCUUUCCCUUGCGGCUACAAAUGACAUAUGGUGGACGUGCUGCUACUAUUCUUAAAACAGGGGAAUCAUGAUCAACAUCAUCAUAAUGACACAACAUACUAAUAUACACUGCUGCCGGCUUGACUGCAAAAUCUGUUUGAAUAACGGAAAACAUUCGAU